AUGACAUCAUCUUCAACUUGUACUACACCAUUUAUAAUAAUAGGAGAUAGUCAUGGGAAAUGCUUCGAUUCUACUAUUAUUACAUCUCGUUAUACUGUUAAAACAUAUUCUAUUUCGGGUCUUCAAUGGCUUAGUAAAUACGAUUCCGCCUUAAGUUUGUUUUCUCUAAUACAAACAGAUACCUUUGUUUCUUUACUUUCUUCAACUUCUAACAUAUUAUUUCUCGUCGGAACAAAUUCCGUUCGAUCCUUGCCGGCAGUAGAAGUUAUUCAACAAAUCGAUCAAUUUUUUCUGUUUCUCUAUUCACACUACUAUCAUCUAUUACAAGGAAAUAUCAUCCUAACUACCUGUCUUCCUUGUCUAAAAAUAUCUUCCCGAUAUUCAACUAUUCCAUUAUUGCAUCAAAACAUUGAUCAUUAUAAUCAUUUGUUAUUUUCAUUAUCCUUCAAGCAUCGUUUUUCUAUUUUGGAUUUACGUUUAUCGAGUGAUUGGUUAGGUAAUGACGGACUUCAUAUUAAUUUUACGUUUCGUUCACAUUUUGCUAACAUCAUUCUACAUUAUAUCGAUAAUCUCAAUUUAAAUCCAAAUGUUUCUACUAACGUUUCAAAACGUUCCCGUGAAUCGAUUUCACGUAGAAAUAAAAUACGUAAUCUGAAACUAAAAGAAAUCGCAAAACAAUUUAAUUUAAGUCGCGAGAUUUCUUCAGCAUGGUCAUACAAAAACGUGAAGGAUUUCUUGAAACAUAAUAAUAUUCGAUUCGGUCGACUGUCAAUUCUGUUAAAUCAUCAGCUACACUUGCAUUUUAAUAAUGCAUCGGAUAUGCUUUAUGCUGAUCGAAUAUUAAAAAUCAAUGUCUUUGAUUCCGAUAAUUUCAUUCAUUGGAUUCAUCACAAUGGAUAA